CUCGCGGCUCAGCCCCCGCAUCAGAACAGGUCUCCGCGGCGCUCGCCCUUCGCCGAGCCCUACCGCCGAGCCCGCCCCGGGCCGGCGUGCGCUGGUCAUCAAGGCCCAGGCUGCCGCUGCCGCUGCCGCGGCGCGUUCUUGAAAUCAUGAAUCCUGUUUAUAGCCCUGGUUCUUCUGGGGUUCCCUAUGCAAAUGCCAAAGGAAUUGGUUAUCCAGCUGGUUUCCCCAUGGGCUAUGCGGCCGCAGCUCCUGCCUAUUCCCCCAACAUGUACCCUGGAGCAAAUCCUACCUUCCAAACAGGUUACACUCCUGGCACACCUUACAAAGUGUCCUGUUCCCCCACCAGCGGGGCAGUGCCACCAUACUCCUCCUCCCCCAACCCCUACCAGACUGCUGUGUACCCUGUGCGAAGUGCCUACCCCCAGCAGAGCCCCUAUGCACAGCAGGGCACGUACUACACACAGCCCCUGUAUGCAGCACCCCCUCAUGUCAUCCACCACACCACGGUGGUGCAGCCCAACGGCAUGCCAGCAACAGUGUACCCUGCUCCCAUCCCUCCACCUAGAGGCAAUGGCGUCACCAUGGGCAUGGUGGCUGGGACCACUAUGGCCAUGUCAGCAGGUACCCUGCUGACCGCCCACUCCCCAACUCCUGUUGCCCCCCACCCAGUCACUGUGCCCACGUAUCGGGCCCCAGGAACGCCCACCUACAGCUACGUGCCCCCUCAGUGGUGAUCACCCUGCAAAUGUUUGAGGAUGGAGCUGUGCAGUCACAUCUUGGAGGUUCCACAGCUGGUGCUGCAGGCCUCGCGCCUCCAACCUGGACUUUCUUCUUAAUGCUCUCGACACUUAGCUAACACUACUCUGGCCCGGCCCAGCAGGUCCCAGCGCCAUUAGUUUCCAACUGACUCUGUGGGUUGGUCUUAAAGCAAUUCCUGUUUUGUGGGCUGCCUGGCAAUUUUUUAGCUAACUGUAAUGAUAAAAAGGGAGUAUUAAUCUAUUCUGAAUCAUAUCUAGUUGAAUGCAUGUUUAAAAAAAACAAACAAAAAACAAAGCUUGCUCAAUCUACCUGCAGUGACUGAUGCAAAACCAUCAUAUGCAAAACCCAAAGGAAUGGAAAAGCAUUUUACAACUUGUAUCACUAAUGCACUGUUGUAAUGUAUGCAGAGUCUUCAAGUUAUAAGUGUUAAAGUGAAUUUCUUCAUAGAGUAUCUGAAAUCCCUUGGAUGAUUCUUCAGCCUUUGGGGUUGAUGUGGGUUGCCAGUUGGUAACGUGGACUUUGAGUUUUCAGCCAUCUGUUUCUUUCACACUGACUGCACGGGAAGAGAGUCGCAGGGAUAGGAAAAGUGCAGGGUGGGCCACCACUGCCUGGGGCACAGCCAGCUUUCUGGACGUCCCUUUCCUUGCCGUUUAGGCUUGCCUAAACAUUGUGGUGUGGACAUUCUUAGAGAUGAUCAUGAAAGUAUAGAGUUGUAUGGCCAGUACAGUUAGGGGCAAGAGGUUGUCUGUGUAUCAGCAAAGCAGUUUUCUCUGCCAUCUCAAUUUUCAUUACAAGUCUCCUACACGUAGAGAUGAGGUUUUCUGUGUCUUUAUUGGGAAAGUCUUAUGUAGAACUAAAUUAUUUUCCUGGGAUGGAAGAUGUGUGAAGGAGAAACAGUCACACUUGGAGGAGGUAUUGGUUUCUCCUUUGUUUAGCUUAGAAAACCAUUUGUCCCUCCCGCCCCCAGAAGUUUCAGUACGGAAAACAUAUGUAGGCAUUGCUGUCCUCUACCACUCCCCCACCAAUGAAGGGCAAAGAUUUCAGCUGUCUGUUACGAAGAAAGUUAAAUAUUUAAAAGAACUAUUAAAAGGGAACAAAACUCGAUUUGAAAUUGUUUCUUGUAGAGAGGCAGGGCUGUGGCUGUGUUUCAGCCCAUCCACCUGAAGGGGCCUUGUCAUCUGACACCAUCUGGAGGAGACUUCUGGAGAUGGGUCUGGGGAGGUGUGAGGGAGGGGCUGGUGCCUCUGGUCUGUGAGCCUUGUCUGCCAUCUGUAGCUGAGGGCUCUCAGCACAAAGCAGGUAUGGACAGCAAGGGCCCAGGCAGCAUCAGAAUGCAUUUGCCUGCCAGGAUUUAUUUAGAAAGGAAUUUGUGUUUAAAGUCAGAAUAUUGUAUAUAAGAAAUGAAGGGGAUUUUUUUUUUUUUUUUUUUUUUGCUUAAAUGUGCCCAGCUUGUAUCAGUGGGAGUGUGUCUGUUCACAGAGGGGGUGGGAGGGUGAGGGUUUUGUUCCCUUUCAGCAGUCUGUCAGGGGGUGGAUGUGCUCCUAUUCACCCCAUCAUUUCAAGUGUAUGGGCUUUGGUUGGGGAGGGGACCCUGCUCUUACGUCUCUGGCAGCUAGGUCAGGGCUCUGGCACUGGUUUGGCUUUCGGCCCCAUUUCCUGAGUGGGACACCUGACCCCUGAGCCUUUGGUAACCUUAUUUUUUAUAGUAAGUACCCCAUAAUUUUUUUUUCACGUUUUAUUUUAUAAGAAGUUUAGGAAUAUUUUUGCAUGGAUCAUUGUAAACAGAAGGUUCCUUAUUCCUAAUGUCUGUUAACAUAGUGUGCUUACUGAUAAGUACCUUAAAUUGCUUCAUUAGCACUUAACCCACGUGUGUCUGUGUGUGUGUGUGUGUGUGUGUGGAGAGAGAGAGAGUGUGUGUAUGUGUGUGUGUGUGUGUGUGGGUGUGUGUGUGUGUGUACCAUGUACCCCAGGCACACAGUUUGUGUCUACUUUAGCUCUGUGCUGGUUAUUCCAUCUGUAUGGUGGAUGGUUUAUAAUAUCCAUGAGGUUCCAAGGGUUCCAGGGCUGAACUGAUCAAGUAACAGAAAAGUCCAUUUUCCCAGUUUAGUGUAAUAGAUUAGGAGAAAAUAUGAUUUUAGUGUAUGCUUUAAAAAAGCCCUAAACAUCAAAAUGGGAAAACACACACACACACACACACACACACACACACACACACACACACACACAUAUCCUAUGUGUAAGGGUGGAGUCACUCAAAUGUAGAAGUUAUAUCGGAUGCUUCAUUGGGCUUGCUUGAGACAUGGUGCACACAGGGUGAGUGUUUUCACAAGCACUGAAUUAAAUAGUGUUUUCAAGAGCAAGAAGGUUGGGUUGCAUUUUGCCCCCAUUUACAUCAGCUCAUAAACACUUUACCCCCUAUAAUUUUUUAAAAUCUUUUUUCCCUUUUGUGAAGGUGAGUUGGGAGACUUUAUUAAAUACCUUUGCAUAAUGGAAUACAUCUGUGUGGAAAUCUUUUCACAUCAGGGCAUCAGCUACCAAAUAUAAUGAAAGGUAGAUCUUAUCUAGUAGGUAAGAAUCUGGACAUAAGAAUAGUAGCAAAACUAUCAUAGAUUGUAAUUUUAACAGCAGUUCCAGUAAAAAUAAUUGAGGAAUAGAACUUGUUAUAAAAUUGCAUAAUUUGAUAUCCCAAGCAUAAUUGUGGAACAGAGAAACGGCCUUUUUUUUGUAUGUGACAUUCCUAAUUUGAUACUCUUUCAGCUGAAUUAUGGUUCUUUUGGAAGUGGAGACAGGUAGGCAAGGACCUAAUUCCUCUAAACAUGAACGUCAUCAUCAUGGAUAAUUAAAAAAAAUCUUCUACAGCCUCUCUGCCAAGGUUCAGGAGGCCUGUUUUUCUGCUUAUGGAAGUUUUGUUUGGAUCUGGGCCUGGUGACUUGAGUGUUUAGUGAUGAGCAAAGUUCCCAUCAACCCGCUGCUUCUGAGAAGUGAGGCCAACAUCAGGACCAGGGCCAUUCGUGGGAGGCAUGAAGGCAAGGCGCUUCCAGAACCUUUUAUGUCUUCUGUGUUAAAUCUUGUCAGAACAUUCUUGUUGGUAUGGUUAAUGAGGCCUACCAGUUGCUGUUCUGUGAAUCUGUUUCUUGAGUGCUAUGCAAAUGUAUUUAUAGGACAUGAGAGAGGUCUUGAGACUUGGGCUGGGUACUUGUUGGUGAGCAUCCUGCCCUUCCCACUCUCGGCGUACAGUGCCUUGCUCCAUCUGGUGGCACCAUCGCUUCUGUAAUAAGAGGAAAUAUAUUCUUACGGCAUUUUGGAUAUGCUGAUAUCUGGCAUGUGAGUUUCUGUGAGUGUGCCUGCCAGUUGGUGGUGAAAGGGUGGCACACACCAACCACAUCAAUAUUGGGGCCUACUUCAAAAGGAAAUCCACCCUUCUUCACCUGUUCCUGUACACAUUUGGAAACAGUAUUACUCUGACUGGUUGGGCCACCUUCUCCCCACCUGGCAGCUAAUGGCUGGAUACCCUAGUCGUCACCAACCUGGGUGUUGCCCAGUCAGGACAGGAUGCCUGUCUGACCCCUCAGCAGGCUCACGGGCAGUUUUAAGGGCAAGUGCUUGGAGGGUGAGGGGAAGCUUCUGGUUCUUUCUGGUGCUUUUUAAGGGUGGGGGGGUUCUCUAGAGAGGAGUGUGGUUGGCUCAGGGGAAGGGCAGACUUCUUAGCGUUUCUAGCAUAUCUCAAAUAUUUGUGUUUUCCCCCUGAGCUGUUUAUUAUUCAGCCUGAGCUCUCUGAAGGUGCGUCAGACUAUUUUGAACAGACUUGCAGAUGACGCGCUGCAGAGGAGGGUCUGAUCAUUUUGGGUAGAAAGUUGCAAAGUUGAUCUUACGUGUUUUAGAGGAUUUGUCCCCCCCCCCCCCCCCACAUUCAUUUGAAGAACAGAAAACCCUAGGGGUAACCUUAAAGUUUACUCACUUGGGACAGGGAGACAGAGGAGAGGCAGGCAUCUGUUCAGGGAACCUGCAGUGGGCUUCAGGAAAUGUGUGCUCCCAGGGCUGUUGUGUUGGAGAUGACAGGUGUCUCGUUUGGGCCUCCUGAGCCCUGUCAGUCUCCCAUGGGUCCUUCUGUAGACUAGUGGUCAGUAAAAUAGAUGGGCUCUGCUGUGCUUCUGGCAGGGUUUAACGUGAUGGCUGCUCUGAGGAGAGGUCCCAAGGAACCACGUGGGUUAUGACUGACUAGGAAAUGGUUCCUUUUUUUUUUUUUUUUUUUUAAUGAUUUUUAAAUACUUUUUUUAGACCGUUUUCUUGGUACUUUUUUUAAGCUUAUGUCGGCAUUGUCUUCCAUUGUUAAAGGCAUCCCUCACCUCUGCAUUGAACUUACGGUGUCAAUCAAUACAAAGGAAUGGAACAUCCAUCCUGAGCCAGUUCCAUUAAGUGUAAAUUCAUACUAUUUUAAUUUUUUAUGCAAUCUGAUGAGUAGAGCUCAGAUUUAAAAUUCUUAAAAGCACGUUUAUUGUAACAAGACUUGUUAUGUAUUAAUACUGCAGUUUUCAAUAAAGAUUGACUUGUGUUGCA